CCAACCGCCCUCGCGAAAACCGCCCUGCGUCACUGCCGCGCGUGCUCCAACCACUAUACGAACGAUCUCUCCAUCUACAACACUAAAAUACAUUACGAAAAUAAAAUAAAAUUGCAUUCGAAAAUUCUUGAUAACUUCUAGUUCGGGGUCUGCAAAUUUUGAGUAAGCUUUUGAAGUUUGCUAAGUGCUUUGCUAUUCCGGAGGAUUCUCUGUGCCCUUUCACUGUUUCGCUUCAGGCGAGAGCAUCCGAUGGGGAAGUAACUAGUGAAUUAGUGAAUUAUAAGAUGUGAGAAAAUGUUCAGUGUUGGUGUGUUAGUGUAGAUGUGCGGUUUGUUAUAUUGACAAUGAGUUUUCUAACGUCGCUUGGGCAAUAUGUGGCGGGCAUGGCGGAUAGUGUGGCGGGUCUGGCGUUAUCCCCGCGGCGAGCCCCCCCAGCCCGCCACCGGUCCGCGGAGGAGUCGCAAGCGCAGCAGCCACAACCAUCCACGGCAACGAUGCGAGGAUUUCCACGCGUGGUGCCUACUGAGGGUGCAACAGCGUUGAGUGCACGUCGACGCACCCUGGACUGCUUGGCACCGGCCGCACCUCCCCGUCGCGGAGGGUCCCUCCGUGUGCCUCGCCAUCCCCCUCCGCCAGAGAAACCCACCAUGGCCUUCUGCAAGAGACGACUUUCCUGGCCAGAAGUGGACAACUCCGUGAAUUCGGGGGUUCAAGACACAGACGGGUCGUACUUCGAGAGUUUCACUGCGCUCUCGUGGCGGCAGGAGAACCGCCGCUUGGCCGCCCUGCGGCUGGCAGAGGCUAGGGCGGAGCGACCGCCGCCCGCCCCGCAUGACCUCGGCUUGCCCAGUGUCUCCGCGCAACUCUCGCACAAGGAACACGAACAUUUGUAUACAGAGGUUCUGUACUGCAUUGAAAACGCCGUGGGCGCGCCCGCUCCCGAUGGCCAGUUUGCGUCGUACAAGGAAGAGGUGGUCGAGUACGCGCGCCGCGCGUUCCGCGUGUCGCAGGAGGUGCACUCGCGGGCGAUGCGUGCCGCUGGCAGCGAGCGACCUCCCACUGUGGUGCUCGGCUGCUCCGUCAUCGAGGCAGAUGGGCUGGAAGCCAAGGACGCUAACGAUCAGAGUAUAUUAUGUAAAGUGAGUAUAAGGCCCUGCGCCAAACCACGGGCGGGCACCCGCGGCGGGUGUUCGCUCGGUGCGCCCGCCACGCGCCAGCCACACGCAGCGGGCGCAUGUCCCGUGCUCCCACCUCAUUUUAGUGCCGUCAGUACAUCUUUCGAUUGGAGCGUGUACAGUUAUAUUUUAUACAAUACUGUACCGUCCGCCAUGUGCGAUCCGUCUGAAAACAGCGGCACGAGUACAACUAUCCAGAACAAGACCGCGUAG